CACAAAUUCAGGUUCUCUAUGAAAGAAGAAAAUUGGCAUAGCAUACCAAGAAAAGAAAUUAACACAAUACUACGUUCUUUGCAACUGGAAUCUAAAGAGAAGACUUUACCGCUUAACUUUUGAAAAAAGCUUUGUGAGCAAUGAGAAUUGUCGGUAGAAGACUCAAAAAUAAAAUUCACGUGAUGAAGGAAAGGUCACAGAACAAUCAACAGAGAAAUUGGGCUGAAUUGUGUUGUUGCUCACAAAUACAGCUUUUUUGGGCAAGAGUGGUGAUGCGUAAAUGGCUUAAUAUUGGUAGCAAUGAAUCUGAUUAUAGUGCUGACCCUGAAGAUGAUGAUGAGUUUGAUGAAGAUGAUGAUGAAGAUGAUGAUGAACAUGAAGUGUGGGGAAGAAAGUCAAGGUUUAUGGACAACAGAGGUUUUGAAGCUCCGUCUGAAUCAAAUGACUUUGUUCCAAAGUUAAGGAAACAGAAGUCGUCAACUUAUAGAUCUCAGUACAUAAACACAAAGGAACUGAGGGUAUGUGUCGGAACAUGGAAUGUUGGAGGAAGACUUCCACCUGAUGAUCUAGAUAUUGAUGAAUGGCUUGGUGUCAAUGAACCAGCUGACAUCUAUGUCCUCGGUCUUCAAGAGAUUGUACCCUUAAACGCUGGUAAUAUUUUUGGUUCUGAAGAUACUCGUCCGGUUCCAAAAUGGGAGAAUAUUAUUCGGGAGGCACUUAAUAGAGUUCGACCUUCAGUAACGAAGACAAAAUGCUUCAGUGACCCUCCAUCUCCGUCAAAAUUUAAGCCAUCGGAAGAUGACCCUGAUAUAGAAGAAGAAAUAUUAUUCGAAAGUGAUAGUGACAUUGGCGAGGAAGUCCAUCCUUUGGAUGAAGAACAGAUUAUUUGUGAUGAAAGUACUACAGGCGACAACAUGAAUACAAGUUUAUUGGCUUCCGACGUUGCAGAUAGUGCCAGUGUCAACACUAGUGAACCGGUUAAGAUUGAUUAUAGAAGACAGUUUUCUUUUCCGAAGAGGUUUGAUUGGCCGCAAAGUCCACCAGAAAACAUGGAUGCAUCAAUUUCCCAAAAGGCCAAGACACUAACCAGAAUGCUUAGUGGAUCUGAAAGGAUUGGUUUGAGCUGGCCGGAGCCUCCGCUACAUCUGCUCUCUCAGAGAGUAUUGGACAGACCAACUUCUUUUAAAUCAUUCAAAUCCUUUAAGUCGUUAAAAUCAUUCAAAACAUAUAAUUCUUUCAAGUCAAUAAUGGAUGGCAUGCCGGGAAUGGGUUUGCUUCCUGAAAUUGACCUUGAAGCUUUAAUGAAGCGGAAAAGAAGAUCUCCGUAUGUAAGGAUUGUUAGCAAGCAAAUGGUCGGAAUUUUCAUCACCGUAUGGGUUCGUCGGAGCUUACGUAAACAUAUUCAUAAUUUGAAGGUUUCAACUGUAGGCGUCGGCAUUAUGGGCUACAUCGGUAACAAAGGAUCGGUAUCUGUCAGCAUGUCGAUAUAUCAGACACUUUUUUGUUUUAUAUGCACCCACCUUACGUCUGGUGAAAAGGAAGGAGACGAACUUAAACGAAAUUCUGAUGUUCAUGAGAUCCUUCGCAGAACACAUUUUCAUUCCCCUUCUAUUAUUGGACUUCCUAAAGGAAUCCUUGAUCACGAAAGAAUAAUUUGGUUGGGUGAUUUGAAUUACCGUAUCAACUUAUCAAAUGUGGAAGCAAAAGCUCUUAUCUCGAAAAAGCAGUGGUCAAAAUUGCUUGAAAAAGAUCAGCUGAUGCGAGAACUAAAACACGGUGCAUUUGGAGGAUGGUCAGAAGGGGCAUUAAACUUUCCACCAACGUAUAAAUAUGAGGUUAAUUCAGACAAGUACUAUGGAGACGAUCCCAAGGCUUCAAAGCGUACACCAGCAUGGUGUGAUCGUGUUCUUUCAUAUGGCAAGGGAAUGAGAUUACUGAAUUACAGACGGACCGAGCUCAAAAUAUCGGAUCACAGACCCGUGACUGCGACAUAUAUCGUUGAAGUUGAGGCAUUCUCACCUAGGAAGCUACAGCGAGCCCUAACAUUCACUAAUGCAGAGAUUGAAAAUGAAGAAGCCAUUUCAAGUUUAAUAAGUUGGAAGUAACUGCUUAAUUUGAACAGGGAUUUGUAAAGGAGAUUUAGUGUUUCCAGAAUAUCAAUAUCAAGGAGCAUCAGUUAUAGCUGCUGCAACUUCUAACACACAGAUUGCCAACCACUAAAUAUAGAUUCUUUUUUUCUUUAUUUUGUUUUAUUUUAUUUUCCACUUCUACUUUUGAAGUGGAAAUAGUUUCAUUUUUUGUGUCUUCCCAAUAGGAUUUAGGUUCAAAUGUUUGAAUGGCUGUGUCCUAUAUAUAUGUAUGUACUUGUGUGAUUAAGGUGUGUAUGUUUUUUUGGUCCGGAGUCAAAAUGACAAGCAACAUCUGAAACCUACGCAUACAACUGCAAGGUUUCAAUUGCGAACCUGAGUGAAGGUGUCCAACCUAGCAAUAUCAACAUUGUCAAUUUGUCAGUUGAGUUCGGUCUUACUGACUGAAGUGUGUAUUAUAUGUAAAAUGUUUAAAUGAGUGCUCAACAUGUUUAUAGAAAUAAAGGCUUGUUUUCCUUUUAACAA